UUUGCUGGUAAUGUAGGCCACCGAAGCAAAUCCAGAGAGAUUGAGUUGGAAGUGGAGAGAGGCUCUGAGAUCUGUUUGCUUGGCUUCCUGACGACGGCAGGGAUGUCUAACUUCUUUUUUUCUUUUCCACUAUAAACGGGAUAUCAUUUAAGAGGGAUCAUUAGCUGAGAGCAGCCCAGCUGGGUCAAGGCUGGGAGGCGGGGACGCAGUUGCAAGCAGCGAAGCAAGGUGGAGGCUCGAAGACAGAAGACCAGGUUAAUGAAAGCAUGAGGUGGCUCUUGGGCAGCAGCUGGAGAAAAUUUGGACACGCUGACAGGGGAAACUAUGACUGGCUAAACAGCGAACCAGGUGGGCCGCUUCUGGAAACAGAGCUUCAGAGCAAACAGACAAGUUCAACCAAAGACGACAUAGAACCAUUUCUGUGCAUCAUAUUGCCUGCCACCAUGAUGCUCUUCCUGGCAUUCUUGCUGCUCUUCCUGUACCGCCGUUGCCAGCGCCCCACUCCGCAGGGGCAGAUCUUCAGCAUCGACCUCCCCGAGGCCCUGCCCGAGCACGAUGUGUCCAAUUUCCUUUCUGUGCUGCCCUGGAACAGCGAACAGAGUUUCCACUACUCCACUCUGCUUCCUGAUGCCACAUUACUCACUGUGUGUUUGCCUCCAUCCUACGAGGAGGCCACCAUGAAGACUCCCACAGAUGAGGCUCACAUUGAGCUCUCUCCAGAUCCAGUGCCUCCUUAUGAAGAGAGCUCACUGCAGUCCAGCAGUGCCAAAUAAAACUUCCUAGGGAAGCACCUUAGCUGAAGCAUGCAGCCCCUCAAGGCACAAACGCGGAACUGCUACGGCCUUUAAAAUUAGCAAAAAGAUUCCAAGUGAGGCACCAAACCAAUGAAUUAAUGAAAGAAGAGCCUUGGAGUAACAGGGAAUGAGUCCCUUCACCUCAUCCUAGGGUUGUCUAUCUUUCAAUUUUUGGCAAGCGUACAUACACAGCAUAGCACCAAAUUGGUCCCAAACUGGUAACACGGGUAUUCCAGUUAACAAAGCAUGUCAUGCAAAGAUUAAACUUAAGGACAGGUGGGAAGCCAUCCCUCUACAAUCCCUGAGCUGCAAGGAAAUAUGAAUUAUGCUUUAGAUUCACCACACAAAAAGGGCUUUUAGGCAAAUACCUAUUCCGGUUUGGCUUUUUCUUUUUUACAUGUUUAUUUUUAAUUCCGUUUCUGACAAGAUGAUUCACUCCAUCUGUGUGUUUUAACAUCACAUCAUUCUGCAGUGCUCCUGAAUGAUUGCAACUGCUGUCAGGAAAGCAAAUAGACAUAUAACCUCUACAAAAUUUCCAGCAACUGUCCCCAAAGGUUCAAAUGUGCACUGUGGAUAAAGGCUCUCUUAUUACAGUUGAAUAAUGAGGACAACCAAAGAAGAUGUGAUCAUUCUAGGUGAGGAAGACUCCAGCAGCACCACAUAAGAGCACACUCACAUUGUUGCUGCAAGCUACUUGCGAAGGUCUGCAACAUCCCAAUGUUCCAGGUUACUGGCUUGACUUAUUUUCCAAUUUACAAGUCUACAACAAUAAACCCUGUGACCUAUUUGGUGCAGUGUGGAAAGGAGUUAGGGGAAAAUUAAUAAAAUAAAAUGCACACAAACAGACACCCCAGGUCUGUAUUUCAAAACAGCCUUAUAGUCCCUUCCCCUUCAUCACUAGGGCAAAGUAAAUCUCAAUGAAGUGCAUUGGUGGCUGCGGUUCAGUUUCAGGAGGGCUUGCACAUGCAUACUUUUAGACAGUGAUGUAUGUUAUCUUUAAUUGUUUCAUACAGGAUAGCAUUUUCACUAUGUCCACAGAUGCUCUUGCUAUAGAUUGUGGCUACUACCAAUCCUAACAGCCUCAAAAGUUAUGACAGCUUCUUCUUUGUAGGUGUCAGCUAUUCCAUGACAUUACAUUUGCCUGUGGCCUGCCAACAUAACAACUACUACAUAUUAUUGUGCGCAGCUUUAGUCUAACUCCUAAACCCUAAGGCUGUCCUGACUUGCACAUUGUGAUUCCAGCAAAUGUCAUGAGGUGCCAGUAUCAGCCAGUCCUAUUUUGUGAACAUACCACAUUCCCUUAAAAAAAAAACAAACCACAAACCAACCAGAAACAAACAAAAAAACCCACCCAAAAAAACAAAACCAGAAAACAACAAUGGAAGAAGAAACCAUCACUGUACAGCAGAAGAAAGACAGGCUACUUUUCAGCUGCAGGUAGUUAAAUUUCACAUUACGCCAACAGUGGCACAAAUCAUAUCACCACAGUAACCAAGCAGUCCUGGUCAAAACUGAUGAUCCCACUCAUACAGUUCCCUUAAAACAAACAAAAAAAAUAAUAAUCUGGCUUUUGUAAUUCAGAAAUAAGAUUAUUUCCUUGAACUACACUUUUGAGAUUGUUACCUUUCCUAAUGUUCCCUUUUGGUCACCAAACUGUAAGAAAACAACAGCUGAUGUUUUGGAAAAAUCCAAGUUGAAUCAACCAUUUAUCUUUUCAGACCAUGUCUGGGACGAGUUCCUGGUAUGUGCUGAUGCAUUUGAAAGUACUGUAUUUUACUGCCUCCUUGCAUUUUGUUCAACUCCUUAAUAUUUGGUACGUGCAGUUGUUGCCAGCUACAAGGAAAGCUGGAGAAAUACAAGAGCCCCAAACAACACGUGCUACCUAAUCAGCAAGGUACAAAGGUUUGAGGUUCAAAAAGAAAUCACUUCUGCCUCUGAUGUCUGCAUAUUCCACUAAUUUCAGCAGAAUUGUACAGGUAUGCUUGAAAAUUCAGCCAUUGUUGUAUGGAAUUGAGUAUAUUUUGCCUUAAAAGAUCUGCUGUGUUUUGAAAAGAGGUGCAAUGUUCUUCAACACAAUUUCCUGUUUACCAGUAACCAGGGUAGUGUCUGAAACCCAAGCCGCAGGCUGAUCAUUCUAAACUGCUCUCUUACCUGAGUUACAAUUAAGAUAACUUCUUGACUGCUAUUUCUUAUGACCAAGACUGAUACACUUCUACAUCCAGUCAAGAAUUGCUAUUCUCUCCAAGUAUAUAGACAGUGAUUGUCUCUCACACAGUAUUUAUCCAAUAACUCUCAAAUCCUGCCUUGGACAAGUAGUUUCUGUUCAUUUGCAUUACUAGAGACAAUUAAAAGCAGAUACUUGCUAAAAUCCAAAGGAACAGAAACAUCCCCAUAACUUAAAUUCUUCUUUCUAACAGACUGCUUUUUAUUCCAUUGGGAAUUGAUAUCCCUUACCUCAUUCCAACAUAGAUUUGUCUAGUCUUGCAUGUUAAUUGUCCCGAGUGGCUUUCAACCUAACCAGCAUUUCACUUCCCACUCCCAGGUCUCCACCUCAAAGAGAAGGUCCAGCAGAACAAAAAAGAUAAUGUUUCUCAUGCAAACAUACAGAAAUUAAUCUCCACUGCCUAGAAGCUACCUCUGACUGUAUCAGCCUGUGGUGGCACACAUCAGUAACCACAGUGUUACUGGUAUUAGUGCUUCUGGCUGUGGAGCAGCUAUCGGGUCCCUGGGGUAAACACGUUCUGCAUUCAAGCGGAGAGCUCAUGAUCUGAAAGGAACCUGUGUCUGGCAAUACAGCAACCAUAACUGUAAGAUAAAAAUCUUUAGUUUUCUCAGCUCCACUAAUCUGAAAGAUGAAGUUUUAGGGCACACAACCUGAAAGAAAGAUAUUGGAGUCGAGGCUGUAGACAAGAAGACUGAGGAGAGACAUUAAGUUUUCAAAUACAUAAAAGGUAACUGCAAACAAAGUAAAAUACACACCCUUCAUGCCUGCAGCAAUCUGAACUGGUACUAGUGAGCUUGAAGUGCAGCAAGAUAAAGUCAGAAAAGAAAUUUCUGAAAGUGAAGUUCAGUCUGAAAGUACAGUGAAGUACUGGCAGCACCAUGUCUAGACACAGAGAAGUUAAACAUCUGUCAGGAGUGAUGAAGGAUCCUAGCUAGAGCAAGGAACCGAUUAGAUGUCUUCUCUGGGUCCUUUCCUGUUCCUAUGCCCUAAAGCUGUAUCAAAGCAGAUUCUGUUCAUCAUUUCCAAGUUUUGUAUGAAAUCAGAUGUCUGUUUCUUUGAAAAUCUGAUACUAUGAAUUUUCCUGUGCAUCCAGAGAUCACUGUAACCCUGUCAUUGUACGUUAUAACCACAAGGUCCUUAUACACAUUUUUCUUUUUGUUUAAAUCCAAUUAAGAUUAGGACUUAUUAAAUAUUAAUGUCUGCUAAUACA